GUACUCUGGAUGGAGCAAAAUAAUUGACCGGAGAGGAUAAACAAUCAGAAACUCCUUACAAAGAGCAGAAACUCAACGGAGUUACAACAAUUAAAAAGAGGACUGGCUGCUUGACAUGGAUUGUUCGGACAUCUGCAAUACAAUACUUUUCAGGAGUAAAACAAAUUGAUACUUUGUGGCAUUUCUGUCUAGUUGCGUGAUUUAUCUACUUUUAUAAAUCAAAUUUUUCUAUGAGAUUCAGAUCUAUUCGGAUUCAGAUCUGAAACGGAUCACGUAAUGCUUUUUGUUUGACUUUUUAACAAAACACAACAAUAUUGGAAUGUGAUCGCACGUAUUGGAUAUACAUUGGAUUUAUAAAGGGCACUGGGCGCCGAAAGCGCAUACAUUACACAGAGCAUCUCAAUUCUGCAUCUGGACAGCAUCAUAAACUUUAAAUAUGGGGAAUAUUGAGAGUGUGGACGGGCAAUCUGAGCUGAAGCAUCAUAUAAUGCCUCUGAAAGUUCCCAUGCCCGACUCAACGGAACUUGAAGAAAGGUUUGCCAUAGUUUUGAACUCUAUGAACCUGCCCCCAGACAAAGCACGUCUCCUACGGCAGUACGAUAAUGAGAAGAAAUGGGACCUAAUCUGUGACCAGGAGCGUUUCCAGGUGAAGAAUCCUCCCCAUACAUACAUCCAGAAACUACGUGGAUAUUUAGACCCAAAAGUCACACGCAAGAAAUUCCGCAGGAGGGUUCAAGAAUCCACCAAAGUCCUGCGGGAGCUGGAAAUAUCCCUGAGAACCAAUCACAUUGGGUGGGUUCGUGAAUUCCUCAAUGAUGACAACAGAGGGCUGGACAUUCUGGUGGAGUAUCUCUCCUUCGCCCAGUGUGCUGUCAUGUUGGAUUUUGAGGCGCUGGAGAUUGCCGAUGACUGUUUGCUGGACAAAACUAAGUCCUGGAGCAGGUCCAUCGAGGAUCUGCACCAGAACGGCUGCAAUACGCUGGUGCGCACUGCGCGGCAAUCCGUCCUCCGGUAUGGCUCAGUAUCCAACAGCAAAACCGUCAAGAACUCCAGAUUAGUCAGUCAAAAGGAUGAUGUGCACGUGUGCAUUAUGUGUCUUAGGGCAAUCAUGAAUUAUCAGUACGGCUUCAAUCUUGUCAUGUCUCACGCACAUGCUGUCAAUGAGAUUGCCCUGAGUUUAAACAACAAGAACCCUAGAACAAAGGCGCUGGUCCUGGAACUGCUGGCUGCUGUGUGUUUGGUGCGAGGAGGCCAUGAAAUCAUCCUUUCGGCGUUUGAUAACUUCAAAGAGGUGUGUAAGGAGAAACAUCGGUUUGAGAAGCUGAUGGAGUACUUUCGUAGUGAAGAUGGAAACAUCGACUUCAUGGUUGCCUGUAUGCAGUUCAUCAACAUAGUGGUCCAUUCGGUGGAGGACAUGAACUUCCGUGUACAUCUGCAGUUUGAGUUCACGAAGCUGGGCCUCGAUGACUUCCUAGAGAAAUCUAAGCACACAGAGAGUGAUAAGCUAUCGGUGCAAAUUCAGGCAUACCUGGACAAUGUGUUUGAUGUUGGAGGACUGCUAGAGGACGCUGAAACAAAGAAUGUGGCACUGGAGAAGGUGGAAGAGCUGGAGGAACAUUUGUCACAUGUGACAGAGAAGCUUCUAGAUGUUGAAAAUGAGACCAUGAUGAAGGUAGCAGACCUUGAGAAACAACUAUUACACAAAGACAAGGAGUUAACUACUUUAAAGGAGACGAAUGAUUCGGCCAACACACAGGUGCACACGCUGAGACGGAUGAUCCAGGAGAAAGAUGCUGCUUUCCAGAGGCACAACAACAUUGAGAAGCGUUUGCUGGAGUUGGAGCAGCAGGGUACCAUCCGUCUGCGCAAACAGCCUGAUGGAGACAUUGCCAUUGAGCCUCUGGGUGGUGGUGGAGUGGCUGGUGGGUCUGUGCCUGGAGCUCCUCUGGGAGACCUGGGCUCAUUUUCUGCAGGCGUGACUAGGAUCGGAGGACUAGGCAUCAAUUCUUUUGCUGAUGUAGAAGCUGCUGCUCCGCCUCCUCCCCCGCCUCCGCCACCACCUCCACCUGCCCCGCCCCUCCCCUCAGAAGUGGAGUUUAUUCAUAUUCCUCCUCCUCCACCGCCACCUCUACCUCUGUCUGGAUCAUCACCAUCAGUUAUCAUUAGCUUAGGCUUAUCAGCCAUUCGCAUUAAAAAAGCCAUAAAAACCAAAUUCCGCCUUCCUGUCUUCAACUGGACUGCGCUGAAACCCAACCAGAUCAACGGCACCGUCUUAAACGAGAUCGAUGAUGAGCGCGUGCUUGAGGAGCUGGAUCUAGAGAAGUUUGAGGAGCUGUUCAAGACGAAAGCUCAAGGUCCCGUGGUGGAUGUGUUGACUUCAAAGAGCAAAGUGUCUCAGAAGGUCAUGAACAAAGUACAGCUGCUGGAUUCCAACCGCUCGAAGAACCUGGCCAUCACUCUACGCAAGGCAAACAAGACCACGGAGGAAAUCUGCAAAUCCAUUCAAACGUUUGAUUUGAAGGCUCUGCCGGUGGAUUUUGUGGAAUGUCUCAUGCGGUUUCUACCCACUGAGGCCGAGAGCAAACUCAUGCGUCAGUAUGAGCGGGAGAGAAGACCUCUAGAUCAGCUGGCUGAGGAGGACCGCUUCAUGCUGCUCUUCAGCAAGAUUGAACGUCUCACUCAGAGAAUGAGCAUCAUCACAUUUGUGGGAAACUUCAGCGAUAAUGUCAACAUGCUGACACCGCAACUCAACGCCAUCAUUGCGGCAUCAGCUUCCGUGAAGUCCUCUCCAAAAUUAAAGAAGAUCCUUGAAAUCAUUCUUGCUUUGGGAAACUACAUGAACAGUAGUAAGAGAGGCUCUGUGUAUGGCUUCAAACUGCAGAGUUUGGAUCUGCUGCUAGAUACAAAAUCUACAGACCGGAAGAUGACAUUACUGCACUACAUUGCUCUGGUUGUAAAAGAGAAAUAUCCAGAACUGGCCACUUUCUACAAUGAGCUGCACUUUGUGGAUAAAGCCGCGGCAGUGUCUCUGGAGAACGUUUUGUUGGAUGUUAAGGAGCUCGGUAAGGGCAUGGAGCUGGUCAGGAGGGAGAGCAGUCAACACGAUCAUCCCAUUCUCAAAGGCUUCCUGCAGACCAGCGAUACCCAGCUGGACAAACUGCAGAAAGAUGCCAAGACUGCCGAGGAGGCCUUCAACAAUGUGGUGCUUUAUUUUGGAGAGAGUCCAAAGACAACGCCGCCCUCCGUGUUAUUUCCAGUGUUUGUCAGGUUCAUCAAAGCUUACAAGGAGGCUGUGGAUGAAAAUGAACAGAGGAAGAAGCAGGAAGCGGCCAUGAGAGAGAAACUACUAGCGCAGGAAGCCAAACAGCAUGACCCUAAGGUCCAGGCUCAGAAGAAGAGGCAAGGGCAGCAGGAACUGAUCGCAGAGCUCAGACGAAGACAAGCCAAAGACCACCGGCCUGUGUAUGAGGGAAAAGACGGCACCAUUGAAGACAUCAUCACAGUGCUGAAGAGUGUGCCCUUCACUGCCCGCACGGCCAAACGGGGCUCUCGCUUCUUCUGCGAUACCAACCUCUUCGAUGAGUCCAUCUGCUAGCCCCCAAACCCCCCAAAAACCCUAAUGCCGCAGAUCUCCGAAGCCAGCCCUUCCUGCGAGCUGACGCGGUGAUCCGGAAUGGGUGGAAGCGACCCUAAAGACCCCUCACUCACUCACCCACCCACUGCUACCCUCUCCCGCUUUCUUCUGAAUGGCAUCUUCCUGCAAUUCACAGUGACUGAGGGAAGUGCAGGACCAAUCCAAUGUCUUUCAUUUGUAGGGGUGGGGAAGUUGUUAUUUAUUUAUGGAAAUCCUUUUUGGAUUCUGCACUGGAGGCUCUCAACAAAGCCAUAAAAGCACAGACGUUAAACGGCUGCCACCCUGUUCUCGUGAACGCAAAUCCUGAGGAGCGUCAGUGUAAACAUGCGUGUUCGCACAGGAAAAAGUGGUUCCCUGUGUUCAAUGUGUCGUGUUGCAAAGAAAAGACACCGGCAGCCCUCGCGGACCAUGAAGAGCCUGCCAACGGGAUCUCACGCCCAUUAACAUGGAUUUCCUUAUAUUGUGCAAUCUAAGCAUGACUUUCUGACAGUGGGGUAGAGCGGACGUCCUCUCCUGACCCUGUUUGUACAGUUCUUUAUAAACUAUGAAAUCAAAAUAUUUGUUAAUCCUAUUUUACCUGCAGCAGGUUAGUCUGUCUCCAGUAUGUUAACCUAGAUCAGUACUAUGGUUACAAAGAUGUGCCUUUCUGUUGAGUCAGUAUUAUUUCUUAUAGCCUAUAUUGAUGUAUCUAAGUUUAUACUUUUUUUGUUAAUCAUUUUGUUGUAACAUUUUGAUACUUAAUGUAUAUAUAAUGUGCAUUGCAGCUUUAAUGAAAGGGCCUGAAUGAGCGCUCGGUUUGACUGACCAUGUGCCUUGUGUUGAUAGUUCCUCUGUCCUCAUCCAGACUUUAAAGGCCUCAUGACAUCAUAACUAGAGUUUUGUCAUUGAUGUCUAUACGCUAAUGUAGAGUACUCCUGAGAUGAGACGGAAUUAACUUAUAUAGCAACUAUAUGCAUUGAAGUAUUUAUCUUCCAGGAAAACAACUAAAAAUGACUCGCCCGACAUUUUAUGUAAUUGUCCAAUCAGAUGCUCUUAAGAAUGACAGCGUCCUCCCCUUUAUCUGAUUUAGUUAAAGGCGGGGUAACCGAUUUCCGAAUUACGCUUUAGACAACUGAGUCGGGCCGAGUACCAAAACAACCUUGUAGCCAAUCAGCAGUAAGGUGAACAGUGCACAGGACGGACAUUAGCUGAUCCGAGCGCUGACGAAAGCGAAAGAUCGGGGUAGGGGUGUGUUUGUUUUGGUGAUUUGAACAUCAAUAACGGCUAAGAGAAAUCGGACACCCCGCCUUUAAAAGUAGCAAUUCAUUGUUCACCAUCAAAAAUAGAAGGAACACUUUGAUGUCACCUAAACUUUCUGUUUUAAUUUGAAAAUACAUCAAAUGCUUCUAAAGUGAUUACAUGGGGUCUUUAAAUGGAUUGUAAUUGUAAAUUUGACUUGCACGUACCAAAAUCCUGUACAUAGUGCUUGUUCAAUGUCCUUAGAGAAAAGUGUGCUCAUUUGACUUCCAUGCUGCACACACACUAAUUUAUAUAUAUACACGUAUAUUUUACUCCCUUUAAAAAUAUCAAAUUGUUCAAUCUCUUGGGGAUAAUUCGUACUCUAGUUCACCCUAAACCAGCUGCCCAGUAAACUAAUGAAGGACAACCCCCAUAUCACUUCUGUUCGGUUGAAACCAAAAUCUAUUCUAUAUAUUUUGAUAAUGUAUACAUUAUGUUGUUUGUUCCUAAUCAAAAAAUUGUUCUCUUUGCACUAUCAUUAAGCAUUGUCCAGACACAGUGACUUUAGCCUUAAGUGAAAGUCAGUACAGACUAGAGGGCAGAACAUUAUAGUACAGAACUGUAAACUGCACAGAAACUCAAGAGAGAAAAACAAAGGCAACACUAACAAUAACAUUUCUUAUCAUUUUUGUAACUUUUUGAAUUACAGAAUAUAACAAAUCUAGCCAUUUGGGAGGAAAAGCACAAAUAAAUAUGAAUGUACCAAAGUGUGGAAGUUUGGUUGAUAUGGACCAAUGAAUGCAGCAGUUUACUUGAUAUUCUGUUAUAAGCAGAUUUGAAAACAAAUAAAAUAAAAUAUUUGAGACUUAAUUUAGACUUAAUGCCAUUUUUUUGAAGAAAAAAUAAAUAUUCAUACAGUAUAUAGUAAUUUAUUUACUGUGCGAUUCUGUAUAUUACCCCAUGACUUAUGACUGCUGGGAUAACAAACUAAGCUUAGAUUUUAAUGACAGAUGCACUGAUAUAUUUGCCCAUAAUCACUUUCGGCUGAUCAAUAACGUAACAUAACUUCAAUAACAUUCAGAAAGUUAAGAAACAUUAAUUUAACAUAAUAUAUGAAAUGCGAGUUAAUAUAACCAACAAACUAUCAGUAUCGGCAGAUAUCACUCUGAAUAAUUGCCAAUCGGUAUAGGUGGAGAAAUUUUGUAUCAGUGUAUAUCUAACUUUAAACUGAGCACCACCCCAGAAAUGACUUCUUUUGUCUGUAUACAUUGUUUUGUUAUGCAAUUUUCAGUGAUUCACUUAGGCUGAAAAUGAAAGAAUCAUCCCAGUCUCUCCAAAAGAAAAGCUGAGUCACAAAGCAUUUCUACUAUAAAAAGCAGUUUAAUUAUUUUGCAUAUAAAAAAAGAAUAAAAACAAAACGAACCAACAAAACUACAGAGACGGUUGAAGGUUGUGUGAAACUAGUCAUCAGUGAUGGUAAAAAAAGUACUAAAAAUUACAUUUGAUCGUAAACAAAGCAGACACGUAAUGUUAAAUCCAGAUGCUGGGAUGAAUACUGUUAACACGUAUCGCUUCUUGUGUUGUUGGAUCCAUGCAUUAGCCUAUGGCACGACAGUCUAUGGCAGGUUACCUCCAUUAGAAGCAGUGGAAGGUCAGCUGAAUCUCUCUACAGGUCAGGCAGAUGAGAAUGGAAAUCAUAGCAGCAAGGCAGUGAGUUAUUACUGGAUCCACGUGAACCUCACAGGAAUGCAUUUACAUUUAGCAUCAAAAGUCCAUAAGACAUGAAACUAUGAACUAAAAGUGACGUACGGCUUCCACUGAAGUGGUAUGGAACAGUUCUCUCGAAGCCACACCAGAGCGGAUGCAAAGCUUGGCGAUCGUGAUAGUUUCAGGCCUCCUGGAAGACAGCGAGUCAUAUGAGGCCUGCUCCGUGUCAAACGUUUCUCUCUCCUCGUACCGCUCGCCGACAUGUGAUUGCUUACCUACACACCAAGGCCACGGAUACACACCCUGGAAACAGUUCUGGAAUGUUCUCAAAUCAUCCAACUCGUUCAUUUAUCGCUUUUUGCGUCUUUUCAUCCAUUAAAAACAAAACAAAAGCUAAAACAAAGACAGGUAUAUACUGCUAUUCGUACAGGUGUCUGCUUGUAUUCCUGGGUAUAUUCGUCAAGACACUUUGUUAAUUAUAUAUGUAAAUAUAUAUCAAAUCAAUCUGAGCAAGGCGUAAGACAAUCAUUGAAAGCGUUGUUCUCUGAGAUAACAGUAUAGAAAUAAAAGCCAUUUUCUUGUAACUCGCAUAUGUACGCACACACUCGCUCGCUCUCUCACACACACACACACACACACACCGAGGCAUAUUAUUCCUCAGCCGUAUGACAUUACACACAGUCUGCAUCCCCCUCCCUUAUUAUUACAACAAACACUUGGCAAUUUCGCAUUCCCAAAAGAAACAUCAUUGUUCUCUACAGAAUUCAUACAAAAAUAAACUUGAAAUAAAACAAACCCAAAAAACGGAAAAUUUCCCAAAUUGUUGUUGGCAACCGGUUGAGCACAGAGGUAGAGGCUAAAUCGGGGGAGGCGUGAGAAAUUAGGUGAAAAGAAAGAAUAUAUACGUGUAGAAAAUGCUUUUCGUUGUUGACCGGAAGAAUAAAAUAUAAUACUGCAAUCACAUACAAAAGUUGUCCUUCACUUUUCUUUUCUUUUUUACAUUUUGUACAAUGCUCCUUCUCUCGUGUGGCUCUUCCUCUGACAUGUAAAGGCAUAAGGGUCUGCUGC